AAUUGCAGUUUGUAAUUUGUAUUCAUUUCUCGUGGUUUUUCUGAGGUAGUAAUUAAAAUUGUGUCACUUGUUUUAAUUUAUUUUGAUCCAUAAUAUCUAUUUCUGGUCCGAGAACGAAACAUAAUAACAUACGGCAUGAUGGUAGAAGGUUCAUUUACACGGAACGAUGUGUUCCAAAUGGCAAUACGAGUGGCCUUUGUAUCUGCCGUUACAUAUUUCUCAAUUAAAUGGCUUGUGAAUCAAAUAGAUCCAACAUCUAAAAGCAGGAAAAAAGCUGAAGAAAAGGCGCGAGAACAGUUACGCAAGAUCUCUUCCAGAGCUGGCCUCAAGCACUCUUUGGCACUGGACAAACUCACCGAUCAUGAGAUGAUAAUUGCUUCCCAGCUGGUGGUACCCGAAGAGAUCAAUGUUAACUGGAAAGACAUUGCCGGCCUAGACAACCUAAUUAAGGAGUUGCGUGAGACAGUAAUCUUGCCCAUACAGAAGCGCGAACUUUUUGCUGAUAGUCGACUCACUCAACCGCCGAAGGGUGUGUUGCUGCACGGUCCUCCAGGUUGUGGCAAGACCCUUAUCGCUAAAGCUACUGCGAAGGAAGCGAACAUGAGUUUCAUAAACCUGGAUGUGUCCCUGCUUACUGACAAAUGGUAUGGUGAGACUCAGAAACUGGCUGCAGCAGUUUUCAGCCUAGCUGUCAAGUUACAACCAUGUAUCGUUUUUAUUGAUGAAAUCGAGUCGUUUCUACGCACGCGCACAGCGCAUGAUCACGAAGCAACUGCGAUGAUGAAGACCCAGUUCAUGUCGCUGUGGGACGGACUCAUCACCGACCCAACCUGCACAGUUAUCAUCAUGGGUGCUACAAAUCGUCCUCAAGAUCUGGACAAAGCUAUUCAGCGCCGAAUGCCAGCCACCUUCCACGUGCCGAUGCCGAACGAGUCGCAGCGGGAGAGGAUCUUGCAGUUAAUACUUCAGUGUGAACCAACAUCAUCCGAUAUCGACUUCAAGCGUCUAUCAACCUGUACGGAGGGUUUCUCCGGGUCGGACCUGCACGAGCUGUGCCGACAGGCGGCCGUUUACCGCGUGAGGGACUACGCCCGCGAGCAGUACGACAAGGAGGACAAACAUGAGCCAAAGACGAGUGCAUCCAACGCAUCCGAUUCCGAAGAAGAAUUCAGUGACGCUAUGCGACCAAUCACCAUGGAUGAUCUCCGGACGUCGCUGAUCAAGUUGAAAGAGUCCAAAAUCCAAUGUGGCUCAAUCGUCCCCAACAUGCGGAUAGAGUUAGACUAGACCAGCCUUAUCCGGUUCGAUCUGGUCUUGAGUUGACAAUUAGAACUUGACUCUAACCAGCCAAGAUCUAGUCAGUUAGAAGUUAUCUCUCGGUUAUGGUACCAAAGUUAGGUAUUGCAAAUUGUCUUCAGUUGGAUUUAGAUCAAAUAAAUUUACUAGCAUUUUAAAUAGGAAAAUACAUACUACCAUUCAUAGCGGAGAUUAAUAUCAAAAUAACAGCUGUUAUCUAUCCAUAUGUAUAAAUGAGACUCAUAUUAUGUGAAGGCAAGAUAUUUUAAUGUUUUUCUGUGUGUGUGUGUGUGUCUAAUUUGCGAAACAACUAGAUUUUUAAUGACUAAAUCUAUAUAAAUAAAAUGAUUGAGUUUUUCAAUUGUGCGCGCAUCACGGAAAAACAUCUGGAUAGAUUUCAAUUAACACUUGGCCCUUAUCUAAAAAAAUAUUGCGGUAUCUUCAUUUAGUAUAAAGUUAUCUAAGUUGAAAUAAAGAUUUAAAUAAUCACUAUGUACUCAGUCGUUAACAAUAAAAUUGAAUACACAUGGUAAAUUUUGAGGUGUUUCCGGGACGAUACAUCUUGGAUACCUUCAAAAAAAUUGCGUAAACCUUCGUUAAAGGCAGGCAACGCUUCUGUGAUUCCUCUCGUGUUGCAAGAUAAUGUAGGCGGCGGUGAUCACUUAACACCAGAUUACCCGUACGCUAGCUUUUCCUCUUUUUAUGAAGGUUUUAAGUACGAUUCAUUUGUCACGUAGUAUGUAAUAUAUAUAAGCUAUCUUAAAAGAGCUAAUUAACAUAUCUCCUGCAAACAUUUGAUAAAUUAUAUUUAAUCUAAAUCCAAUCACAGACGGAGUGGUCAUGUGGCACUCAAAGAAACUCUGCUUGUGUUAUAUUAGUAGGGCUUGAAUUAUUUUCACACAUCGUUAUACUAAACAUGGCACACAGCAAGCCAGUAAAUAUUGAUCUUUUUAUUUGAUAUGUUACAACAUGCCAAGGGUCAUUGUCAACUACAUAUAAAAAAAACUAGAUUUUUUGAGAUUUUUUAAAAUCUACCGAUCCGAAUCGGUCCGAAUUGUAUUCAAAAUCUAAGUUUAGUCAAGCUCUUUCGAAUGGCGUCAACCGCAUUGAAAUCGGUCUUACUGAAAUGUAUCACUAUUGGUCGAAAAAAAAGGAUAUGUCACAUGCCACAUGACAGAGUCGAUAUGAUAAUAUGAUAUGAUAUUUUCACGUCGUAUAAUGUAUUCUCACAAAUUUACUGAGUGCAACAAAAACCUUGUGAGAAAUUAAAGGCUUUUCACAAAGGAUGUUAGUUUUAUGUAUAAAAGCGGCCGCCAUUUUGAGAAUCUGGGCGCGUUAUGUAUUACGUCAUGCGGGAAAAGUUAACAUGUACACAGUUUUGGAUUCUUGUUAUAUACACCGUGACAAUAUUGAUUACUAACAUUUUAAUGGCUGUGUGUGUGUGUGUUUCUAGUGAUUUGUACUAUAGCGAUUAAAUUUUUAGUUUUUUAUAUUUUGUAAAAAUUAUUGGGAUAUUUGUUACGAAUGGUUCUAAGAAUACAUUUGUUGCAAUAUUGUAUUGUUACAUGACGUUUAUGGUUCGACUAGACAUAUUAUUAUAAAGCUUCAAUGAAGCUAGUUCUUCAAGCAUAAGCUGUAUAAUUAUAAACUCGCGUGUAAUCACGGAGAAAAUUGAUGGUUGUGUUAAAAUAUGUUGAAGUCUCGAAGACACGAAUAUAUUUGUGUGUAUUAGAUAUCUUUUCAAAUGGUAUAUUAUUUAAAUCUUAUGAAACUCAAUAUAUUAUCCAAUUUUUGUUGAUGUAUUUUGCAAUUUAAUUCUUAAAUGAUUCUCAAGACACAUGUCAGUGUUAUUAAAUAAGGCACUAGAUAAUGGUAGUGAAUUUUGUUUAUUUUAAUCAAUUAAUUUUGAGGGCACUUGUAAGUUCCAAAUGGGCAAGGCGCUACCUCCACGAGUGAGUGCAACGAGACCAAUCCGCCCUUCUAUUGUCGGAUAAUCUCCACGAGUCGACUUUUAUUCCGUCAUCGUACUGCCGCCUUAUCUCCGCUUGAUCGCGAUGGCUAAUACAAGGUUUUUGUUGACCAUAUUUGUUAAUCCAAUUAAUUCGACACGUUUUUUGCAUGUACACGAGGCAUCCUCAGGAGAUGUUGACUCGCCAAAUUCUGGCAAGGCUGAUCGUCUUGAAAAUUUGGCAAAAUAGCGCCUAUUAAAAAACAAAUCAUAUUUGUUCAUUUUAUAGCGCUCGUGUCGAAUGUGGUGAGCGACACGCGACGAUGUGGUGGCGCGGUGAGACACGAGAUCAUAUCUAUGUGACUGUACAGUGGAGGUGGCGACUAACACGUAUUUAGUACGAUCAGCAAAAUAUCCUUCAAGUAAAGUUACUUUUAUUACACGUAUACAGUAAAACGUCUAAGUUGGCUUGAAGUAGGGCGAGAAUCACCAUACUGGAAACAACUUUUAAGCCCCACCACCUCUAGUAACAACACCUACCCAAGCAACAAGCAAUAUUAACUUUAGCUAAUAUUUGAUAUUAAGGAGUUACUCAAAGGCCUUAUACCAAUGGCCUACAAUUUCCAAAGACAGUUGUUUGUUGUAUGAUUAGCAGAUAUGUUCAUAUAAAGCUGAUAUUAACACAUUAAGAUCCAAAACACAACAUUUGUGUUUUUACAUACAAUCCAUCUGUGCUGUUAACGGAAAUCGAAAAAGUAUGUAUAGAAUUCAGUUAAUUAAAAUAUUUAAAAUAUAUUUAUAUUAUAUCAUAGAUUUAAAUUCAAUUAUCACUCCACGUUUUAUAUUAAAAAAUAAAAUUGGAAUAUAUUGUAAAAUAAAUUACGAAAAAUAUUUAUGUAUUACUACUUAUCUAUAAAAUAUCAAUAAAAAUUUAAAAAUUUUAAUAAAAUUAAAAUAUGUACAAAGUUAUUUAUUAAAUCUCAUAUGUAGUGAUAGAGAUGUAAAAAUAUUAAUAAAUGUUAGUUAUAAUAAAUGAUAGUUGAAAGAUUUUUGAAUUUUCUUCAUGUAAGUAAUCCAAUAUUAUGUCACAUGCUUUUCAUAUCAUUUUCGAGUAAUUUAUUGGAGAGCUGUAAAAUAAAAUUUUAAACCAAACUAACAAAGUAUUAAAGUACAUACAAUUCUGCAUUUAAUAAUAUAGGAACUCGGACAUAGAACUCCACUUGCUGAGGAAACUGCUCGUCUAAAUGUUAUAGUAAAUACACCAAAAAAUACCAUUUAGGAAGAGGAGAAUAAUAGAAGGAUUUUAAUUGUGAUAAUUUAUAAAUAUUGGGACAAUAUGUAGCUGUCUGGAAGAUGAGAAAAAUAUAUUAUUAUAAAAACUGCAUUGUACAUUUCAACUACAGUUCUGUCUAGGUUAAGGGCUUAAAAAAUUAUUUAACUUGAAAAGUACCUGUGGGAGGCUCCUUUGCACAGGAUGCCGGCUAGAUAAUGGGUACCAUAGCGGCGCCUAUUUCUGCCGUGAAGCAGUAAUGUGUAAGCAUUACUGAGCUUCGGUCUGAAGGGCGCCGUAGCUAGUGAAAUUACUGGGCAAUUGAGACUUAGUUUUAUGUCUCAAGGUAACGAGUGUAAUGGACAUGGCGUAUCAAUUACCAUCAGCUGAGCGUCCUGCCCGUCUCGUCACUUAUUCAAAAAAACUUGAAAGAGAAUCUUAUGUGAGGGUAGUUGUAAAAUUUUGUUGUCGUAGGAAAACGUAAAGUCAGUUGCUUUGUUAAUUUGUUACCUACAAUGUAAUGUUGAUACUGUAGAAACCAAUUAAGUAGUAUAGUGUAAAUAAAUGGGAAUAAAACGAGUCGUAAAUUAA